UGUUUUUAACUUUGGCAGUCAAACUCAAACAGCAUUGAUGCUGGACGUACUUCUCGUACAACUAAAACAGCACAAGUUAUUUUUCUUCUAAACACAUUUUCGUUUAACUAUUUAGUUUACAAAAUGGGAGACGAGGAGAUUAUUCGAAGAAGAUUGUUGUUCGAUGGUGAGGGUACUGGCGAUGAAAGGAGACUCAAUGUUUUGCUUAAAAAUUUCCUGACUUGGUGCAAUUCCACUGAUAGUGUGGAAGAAACACGAGCACAAUAUGCAAGAAUGAUGGCCCAAAUUGCCCAAUGUGAAUUUGCUGCCACAAAAUCCUUGCGCUGUUGUGAGAUGAACUCUGCAGAACAGCAGCAUUAUGACGAGCUCUACAACCAAAUAGAAGAAGGCAUUGUGUCAGCGAAAAAGGACAUUGAGGCGACCAAGAAAGAGCUUCAAGAAGCCAGACAAAUUCGUAGGAAUAAGAUGGAAUAUGAUGCAUUAGCUGCAAUAAUUCAAACACAGCCUGAUCGUAAAACCAAUCAAGAUAAACUUGCUUUGCUGAGACAAGAACUGGAAGCAUCAGAAGCUGAGUGUCAGAAAUUAGAAAUGAAACUGGAACAGAGACGCAAACAAUUUCAUCUGCUUAUUUCAACUAUCCAGGGCUUACAACAUCUUCUUGCUGAUGAUGAAACAACCUAAUAACUAUGUACCAUUGUUUUUUUUUGCUUUAUAUUUGAAUAAGGAAUAAAAGGUACUUAACACCAA